ACUAGGUACACCUACUGCACCGCCAUAUUUGUUUUCAUGAGGCAAGGCGCGUCGAGAAAGUCGGCAAAAAAUGCCACUUUUUGAUAUAAUUGGGUUAGGAGGCGAGAAAAACGCGGUUGUGAUAGACAUAGGGACAGCUUACACAAAAUGUGGAUUUGCAAAGGAAGCAGCACCAAGGCACAUUAUUCCAAGCUACAUCACCCAUACUGUGAAUGGCACUACAAACACUGAAUAUGUCUUUGAAAAUGACAAAAGAAAUCCAGAUGAACUUUAUGCAGUUUUAAGAGAYUUCAUUCACAUGAUUUACUUCAGAUACCUACUUGUCAAUCCAAGAGAUAGGAGAGUUGUUAUAUGYGAAUCUGUAUURUGCCCUACRCUGUUCAGRGAAACAAUAGCAAAGGUUUUGUUCAAGCAUUUUGAGGUUCCAUCAGUAUUGUUUGCUCCAUGUCAUUUGGUGAGCUUAUUCACUCUUGGUGUCCCAACCGGUCUAGUKGUUGAUUGUGGAUAUAAUGAAUCUCUUGUGUUGCCAAUCUAUGAAGGAAUCUCAAUCAUUAAAGCUGUAACAGGAAUUCCUUUAGCAGCAAAGUCUAUUCAUGAAUAUCUUGAGAAACAACUCAUGGAUAGAAGUUUAGUGCAAAUAGAAAAAGGAAUCAAACCAUUAUCAUCAGUGAUGGCUUCCCUGCCAGAAGACAUUUUGGAAGAUAUUAAAGUGAGAACUUGUUUUGUUGCACCAAAGUUUAGUGGUCCAAAAGAUGAACCACGCCCUGCGUCCUUGGUACACCAAGUAGACUACCCCCUUGAUGGAGGCAGAAUUCUAMGAAUUGAGGGGCAAAUAAGAGAGCAAACAUAUGACAUCCUAUUUGAUGGAGAUGAAGAGGAAAAAUCCAUAGCUACAGCAUUACUAGAUUCACUAUUAAUGUGUCCAAUUGAUACACGAAAAACCCUUGCAGAAAAUAUUGUUGUCAUUGGAGGAACAGCAAUGGCACCAGGAUUCAAGCAUCGUUUGAUUCAAGAAAUAUACAUACUACUGCAAUCACCACAGUACAAAGAUAGACUUUUUAUCAAAACUGUCAAGAUGCACCAGACUCCAGUCAGCUCAAAUUGUGCUGCAUGGCUUGGAGGAGCAAUAUUUGGUUCCCUUGAGAUACUUCCUGAUCGUUCUGUGACAAAGGAACAAUACAUGCAGGACAAAAAGAUCCCAGACUGGAUGCAGUGUGACAUUCCAGUAGAAUUACAACCUGCAUCAGAAGAACUUCAGCGGCCCACUCUAUCAAGACGACAAACUAGUGGAAUAACAAGCACCCUCAGUAGUCUUAGCAGUAAAUUAUCAAGUCAUAUUCUUGGCUCAAGUAGCAAUCGUCUUAGCUCUCAAUUAGGGAGAACAAGUACUCCAGGUUCAUCUCCAAACAAAAGCAUCCAAGAAAACCCAGCAGAAGAAAAAAAGAGUGAUUAAAUUAUUCAAUAAAAUCUGAAUUAGUUAUUAAGACUCAUAUGUGCUGUAUCACUGUAAAAACUUUAAAUUAUCUGUUGAUAGUCAGACAAAUAUACGGUUGUUCUGAUAGGCACUUUUAAACCAAAUGGAAUUACAUUACUGCAUUGUAUUUAUUUGGGGUUUGGAUCCGGACCAGCAUGCAAAAGUAUAUGGAAAUCGAAUAAAUUAUUACAUACCAUUGGGGCUUUUACAGAGUAAUAAUUAUGAAAAGUAUAAUUUUAGAAAUUUCAUGUAGAUGUAGGUGAGUGAAAUAGCUGCAUUGCAUGUUUUUGAUAGCAAGAUAAAAUUUGGAGAACAUCUGUGCAUUGUAAAUGAUUUGGAGAACAUCUAUGCAUUGCCAAAUGAUUUGGAGAACAUCUAUGCAUUUGUAAAUGAGGACAGAAAAUAAAUUGCUAAAUGUUAUAAACUGC